UUUGUUUGUCUACACAAAUCACAAAAAUAAACAGUGGCAGUGCUAGUACUGCUAGUUUUGUAAUGAUGGCAGAAAUUUUAGAAGAAAAACUCCGGGAAGCAGCCUGUUUAGGUGAUGUUGAUGCUGUUACUACACUUUUGUCUCAAAACAUAGAUGUUAAUUCCCAGAAUUCAAUGAAUGGAUGGACUGCCUUACAUUGGGCAUGCAAGCGUGGAAACGAAGACAUCGCGAAAAUUCUGAUAGCAAAUGGAGCUGAUCAGCAUAUAAAAGAUUUCAAAGGACUACUCCCUUUUGAAGUCUGUAGUUUUUCUAGUAAUCAAAACCAAGGUGAUCAAGUUGGUGUCAAAUUCACACCAAACUACCUAAGAAACCCACCUCUUAGUAGUCAAGUAGAAUUAGGAAAUAUAAUCAAAUCCAAGCAUACUGAUUUUGGAAGGAUGCCUACCACUUCAUUACCAACUUCUCAGAAUGAUGAUCUUGUUCUGAAGAUCAGAGUACAGGGAUCUAGUGACCCUGAUUUUAUUGAGAUUGAAAUACCUAGGUGGAAAUUGACUUACAGCACUCUUUUGAAAAUCUGCUGCUCUGAGCUGGCAGUUCAAGAAGACCAAGUAGAUAGAAUCAGAAAACUCCCAGAUACAAGACUGCGAAGGGACAGUGAUGUGAAAAGACUUAGAGACUAUCAAGCUUUAGAAAUUGUAUUAAAUGCACAGCUUACUAGUGAUAAAUCCAUCAACAAUUACCAAAGUAUAUCUACUUGUAAGGAUCAGACCAUACUUUAUUGAAUGGUAUGAAAAGAAAUACUUUUCAAUAUGCACUCAAUUUUAAACAUUCUACUGGCAAUUUUUGAUUUCAUGCUUAUUUUUCCCAAUUGGGAAAUUAAUAAGAAACAACUGCAAGAAUCUCAUGAAACAAAAAUGUCCAUGAGUUGUUUUUAUUAAAAUGACAGUAUUAUAUAAUAUAUUUUUGUAUUUCAUUGAAUUGGUCCAGCUUUCCUUUUCUUUUUCUUAUCAUCCUUUGACUUGAAGGCUUUCUUUCCACCUUGGUCUGUGUUUAUUUUUUGCUUCUUAGUUUUCCUUUUUACAUCCUCACUAAUUUCUUUACUGGGUUUUCUUUUUUUUGCAACUUUACUAUCACUAGUAGUGCCCUUCACUUUAGUAUUCUUCUUAGUUACUAUGUCUCUGUUCUCACUAUCUUCUUUAUUGGCUUGAAUGAUGUCCUCAUCAGUAAUUUUUUCAUCAGAUGUUUCAAUCUUCCUAGCUAUUGUCCUCUUGACAAAAACUUGCCCAGAAGGUUUCACUAUAACUUCUGCAUCAGGCAAGGUUGUUAAUUCCCCUCUACAUGUUUUAACAGGAUUUUUAGAAGUGUUUGUGCUUACUUUUCCUAUUUCUUUAGCUGAUUCUGAAAAUAUGAAUGCAGUUCAUUUAUGUGUCCCUAUUUGUUUUCAUUACCAAGUU